AUGCAAGUACUUUUUCCUUCUAAGUAUCUUAAUGCUAGGUUUUUAAAUAAGGACGAUGAAAUCAAUAAAAAUGAAAUUAUAAGUUUUAGUUUGUGUUCUGGCGCAAGAAAAAAGAAAAUGUUAUACGGAUCAAAUAAGGAAUUAAAAAUUCCAAUAAAUUUCCAAAUUUAUCGCUCAUCAAGUACCUCAGCUUUGUCAGCUCCUUGUUUAGAUGAAGAAGAUACGAAACUUAAAAUUGACUCAGAGAAUGAUGUUGUAGAAAAAACGCAGUCAAUGAUGCAAUUUUCUGAAAGUGAUAUUUUGACAAACAAAAUAUAUGAAGAUGGAAUUAACACACCCGAUAAUGGGAGGAAACGAUUGCGAGCUUUCACAGAAACAACUCUUGAUCCAGAAAUGCUAACUUCAAGAAAAUCACUUAAGCUAAAAACUCCUAUGGCGGCUCGCUUUAGCUUUUUGAAUCCGCACAGCAUACCGUUUCAAAAUGAAAAAGUUCAAAAAACUUCUACGAAAAUAAGUAAGCAUUUCAAACCAAUCAAAACGGAAUACUUCGGAUCAAAUUCAAGUUUUUCUGAAGAAGGCCUCCAAAAUCUUCUUUAUGUACCAUUCACAAAAAAGGUAAGCGAAUCUGAAAAAAGAUUCUACCAAAUACUUCAAGCAAUUAAAUCGGACGAAUGCAAGCUAGUCAAAACAAUAGUUAAAAAAAAAAUUAUUGCUACGUCAGAAAUUCGAAAAAAGGACUCUUUAAUACACGAAGCAGCCUACAAAGGUUGCCUUAAAUGCACAAAAAUAUUAAUAAAAAAUGGAUCAUCACUACACUCGAUUGACGACGAAGGAUUUUCACCGGUGCAUGCAGCAGUAAUAGGUGGAAACUUUGAGGUGUUACGUUAUCUUUUAGAAAAUGGAGCUAGUCCUAAUAGUGUUUCUAAUACAGGUUGGUCACCAAUGCAUUUAGUAAUUGCUACAUCAAAAGACAAUUUAAUGCUGAGCUUAAAAAUGCUUGAUGUUUUAACUAAACACGGUGGAAAUCCGUUUAUUAAGACAAAUUUAAAUGUUACUCCCUUUCAACUGUGCAUUAACUUAAAAAUAAUUUUAUUGUUAGACUAUUAUAUAUGCUCUUCUAAAGACUUCCUUGUAAAGCAUUAUUAA